AUGACCAUGAUGGCAGUGAAAGGGGCGGCAUUGCGACGCUUCUCAGUGGCUCUUGAACAGCAGCUGGCGGAAGAUCAGCUGAUUGAGGGGGAGGAAUGGUUUCUAGUGUCUUGUACGUGGUGGAAGCGCGUAUUAGGGACGUCUGUAAGCGACGAGAGUGAAGGUCAAACCGACGACGACUCGGAGGACUCGGACGACGCUUUGCCGCGCGGAAAUCGGAACUUUCAAGUGAAAAACGACAUUUUACUGGACAUGGACCUCAGUAGUCACAAGCGCAAUAUUACAGUGCUCAAGCCCAUGCUGGUAGAAGGCAAAGACUAUCGCCUGGUAAGCCAACGGGUAUGGAACCAAUUAUCGGACCAUUUUGGAUUCGAUUGGGAGAUUUCAAGACCUGUGGUGACACGAGGACCUGCGAAGAAUCGAGUUGUAGAGGUCAAUCCAUUUACUUUUGAAGUGUUUGUGUGGUGUACAGGACUGGAAGAACCUGUCGAGCUUUUGGAUACAGAGCAGAAACCACUGGUACUGAUGGCCAGUGAAAAAUGUUUGCUGAAAGAGUUACAGAUGCAAGUUUGGAAAGCUGCGACGAUGGAGCCGCAGAUGAGAAAGAUGUUUCCUGAUGUGACGGAGGAGACUGUUAAUCUGGCGGUGCAAGUUUGCUACCGCAUGAAUAAGGGUUCGCCUUGGACACCGUUGAAAGAUGCAGUGGUGAAGGAACAUGAACGGAUAAGUAAUGGCUUUACGAGCGCAAAGGACUUGGAGAGUUUAGUACAAAGCUUGACAGUGGGUGAGCUGCAGUUGGAGCCUCGAGAUUAUAAACCUGGGAAGGAGAAAUUGCACAAUUUGCUGGUAGAGGGACGACUUACAGCAAUUGACGGGAAUAGCGAAUCCGAUUGGAGACACGGUAAAUUUUACAGUGAAAUACAGGCAAAUGCGUGGAGGUUCACAUUAAAGAAGAACCAACUAAUUGACGCACGUGAUACGGAGCAGGAAUGGUACGAAUCUCGCGUGAUCGACCUAGAUCCGAACAGGGUGAAAGUACAUUUCCGUGGAUGGACGGCAAUAUGGGACAGAUGGAUUGAGCGAACAUCGCCAAGAAUUGCACCAUUACACACUAAGGUUCCAAACUGGCGCAACUUCCAGAUUGGUGACGAAAUUCUUGUGGGCAAGCAAGUGGAAAAAAAAUAUUACCCGGAGUGGCGUAUUGCACGCGUCACCGAUGUUCAAAACUACGAGAUAGGCGACUCGCUUCGGAUUGAGCUUGAUGUGGAUGGCAAAAAACGGUGGAUAGAUGCACAGGAUGAAUUGCUCUGUCCUCAAGCUCUUACACCCGACACGACCAUAACCGACGCAGGACGAGGACGGCCCGAGUUUAAGGGUGUUGUUGGUCUUUCAAACUUAGGUAACACUUGCUUUCUGAACAGCAUGCUGCAGUGUUUGAUCAACACAGCACCUCUUCGAGAGUACUUUCUUAUGAAGGAUCCGGCUACGGGGAGUUUAUUCUUUACAAAGGAGAUUAACAGAGAUAAUCCGCUAGGCAUGAAAGGCAUCAUGGCCUUUGAGUUUGCCAGCUUGUUACGCGAUAUGUGGGGAAACGAAUUCAAAAUAGUCACCCCGACGAAAGUGAAAUCUGUGAUUGGCCAGUAUGCACCACAGUUUGCUGGAUACCAGCAGCAAGAUAGCCAGGAGCUCAUGAACUUCUUGUUAGACGGUCUGCAUGAAGAUCUGAAUCGCGUCAAGUCAAAGCCGUAUACCGAACCCGUUGAGCGAAAUGGUCGCAGUGAUGCAGAAGUAGCCCAAGACGAGUGGAAGCAAUUUUUUCGCCGCAACGAAAGCGUUAUUGUGGACAACUUUAUGGGACAACUUCGCAGUCAUGUGACGUGCUCAAAUCCUGCUUGUGGAAACGAGUCAAUUACCUUUGAUCCGUACAUGAGUUUGUCGGUACCAAUCCCAAACAACGAAACUGUCGUUGUCCAAAUCCAGUUGUUUUGGGCCAAUGGCGAUAUUCCGAUGAAAUAUGCUUUGCGUCUUCCAAAAGAUGGCUGCUCCCUACGAGACGCAAAGGCGACUCUAAGUGAGCUUUCAGGCAUUCCUGUUUCGCGAAUUUUCUUUGUCGAAGUAUGGAAUCAUCGAAUUGUUAAAGCAUAUUCUGACAAGCUGUCCGUCGACCGCGUUCGCGAUGGCAUCCUUCACGCGUACGAGUUGGAGUCACCGGUGACCGACUAUUCAUUUUCGUCACCUAUUAUUCGCCCACCCAGCGGACAGAGAAGAUUAGGCACGAUGGAAUCUGAGCUAGCAUCUUCAAAGCAAAUGCACCUAGUGGAGUUGCUGCACCAGGCACCGGUUGCGUCGCCAGUGGAUGGACGAGCUAGUAUGAAUGAGUAUGACAAGCUAGGCGAAGACGGAUAUGGACCUAAGCGGCAACGAGUGGAGGUAGAGCUAUCCAAUACGCCGCUUCUUGUGUCGAUCAACCAGAAGUGGACAAAAGACGAGAUACAUAACAAAGUAUGGCAGAUUGUGCAUCGCCUUGUGGCCACAAAAAAGUCUGGUAACGACUCUGGAACCGAUUUUGGCUGUGGCAAGCGCCAGCAACGACCGUAUCGCUUGCAUGUGACAGAUCCUAAAGGUGGAGUCACUAUUACAAGUGAGCUUUCUCGCAAUGAUGAGCCCGUGGAGAUUCCUGAUAGCACAAGCACGCCAUUCCGAUUUAUCCUUGAGUGGAGUUGCAAUGGCUAUCAACGAGGCUACGACGAAAUGUUAGCAAAGCGAAUUGAACAUCACGAAUCCAUGGAAAACCUGAAAAUCACGCCGAAGACUGACCCCAUCACGCUUCACAAUUGUUUGGCCAAGUUCACGGAAUGCGAACAGCUUGGCGAUGCAGAUACUUGGUAUUGCCCCAAGUGCAAAAAUCACGUCCGUGCGUUUAAGAAGUUCGAUCUCUUUUCGCUUCCUAAAGUACUGAUUUUCCACCUAAAACGCUUUCGCUACGCGCAGAACUCGUUUUAUAUGCACCGUGAUAAGAUUUCGACCCUCGUUGAUUUUCCCAUCGAAGGCUUGGAUCUCUCGGAGUUUAUGAUCGGGCCGCAAAAUGGUUCGAAGCCACUCUACGACCUAUACGCGGUAUCCGAACACGUGGGGGGUCUAGGUGGUGGUCAUUACACUGCUAUUGCGAAGAAUCCAGUAAACAAGUGCUGGUUUGACUAUAAUGAUAGCCACACCAGUGAGACGUUAGCGGAGAAGGCUGUGUCUCCUCGAGCAUAUGUGCUAUUUUACAUACGCCGUGACCAAGCCUAA